AUCUUUGCUGGGGGCGGCCCUAUAAGGCUCUUCCUUUCUUUGCCCCCUGCUCUCUAAUCCUGCUUCCACAUUGCUUUCCCGGGACACUUGUGGGAUCGAGCCAGCUGGCUAGCUAGAGAAGAAGAUCAGAUCGAAUCAUGGGAAGACAACCUUGCUGCGAAAAGGUCGGAUUGAAGCGUGGUCCUUGGACCAUAGAUGAGGAUCACAAGCUCAUGAACUUCAUCCUUAACAAUGGCAUUCAUUGCUGGAGAACGGUCCCUAAGCUUGCAGGUCUACUGAGAUGCGGGAAGAGUUGCCGGUUAAGAUGGAUUAAUUAUCUGAGGCCGGACCUUAAGAGAGGUGACUUCACUGAAGAAGAAGAAGACCAAAUAAUUCAACUUCAUUCGAGUCUUGGCAACAGGUGGUCCAAGAUAGCUUCAAAUUUUCCUGGCCGCACUGAUAAUGAAAUCAAGAACCACUGGAACACGAGAAUCAAGAAGAGAUUAAAGCAACUUGGAAUAGACCCUCUUACGCACAUGCCUAUUGAGAAGACGGAAGAGAACAACAGGUCUAGUAUUGUCCAUAACAAUGAGAAAACAGCAGCGGAGUCGCUGUCAUUUCCCCUCGAAGAAGGAAGCUCGGACGGGAAGAUACCCACUUUGGUUUGCGAAGUGAGUAGGGAAGAUAUUUCACUGGAAGUAGAGCAUAGAAAGAGAGUCGAUGAGGUUGAAUUGUUAUUGGAUGAAGACAGCAACGAUCUAUUGAAUAACUACGCAGCAUUAUGUGGGAACAACAGCUUAUUGCUCGGCGAGGGAUUAUUUCAGGACACCAAAUAUACUAAUCCUUCAAUGACGUCCCAAAGCUGUUCGGUGUCGGUUGGAGAUUCUAUCAACAAUUCAUAUACGGCUUCUGCAAGCGAGUCAAUACAGUCCAUCCUAGAGGAUAGCCUCAGUAUUGGUAACAGUAACAGUCUGCAGCAAUGGCCCGUUGAGGGCUCCGUUGACUCGAUCUUCAGUUGGGAUGAUUUCGAUUACUUAGAGCAGGGGGACUUUUCCUUCUUCUAGAGUAUAUAGUCCGCAUAGCCGCUUUUGUCAGCUUUUUCCCUCUUCUUCUUCUUCUUCUGCCGAUCUUGUCAUCUAAGAAACGCGAUUUUACGAUGUAAUUAAUUUUAUCGAAGAUCACGAUUGUGAUUGAAUAUGCAUUAGGUGUAAAAUUCAUCUCUUUGUAAUAGUUCACAUUUCCUUCAACUUUGCCACUCGUUGCACAUUAA